AUGUGCAUACAUGUAAAGAGAUUCCAUUUUCAACACUCAGUUACAGAAUUAUCUAAAUCCUAUACAGACUCUCCAUCAAGCAAUCAGAGCAAGGUUACACAGGAGAACAGCCUGGGGUCAGGAAUACCAAGAAGAAAAUCACCAAGAAUAGCAAAUCAGAUAGAAACCACUGCACUAAGUCAGGAGCUAUCUACCAAUGAUUCUCGAAUAUCUAACAAAAUGAGAACCAAGAGGGAAAGAAGUCGGUUUCAUUUUUCAGUUCAGGAGGCUUCAAUUACAUCACCCAUGCAAAAUAAAAGUGGCACAUUGCUGGCAUCUCCUCCUCCUAGAUCCUCCUCUAGGCAUCAGUCUUCUGCUGGGAAACAGGUAGAAUCCCCCACUCUAAGAUCCUCGCUCAGAACAGCAUCACCAAGGAAACAAAAUACACCUGUUGCUCAGAUGACAUCACAGUCAACUGGAGGACAGCAGGAUUUGUCGGAGGAGGGAUCUCCCACUCUGCAGUCCACACCAAGGAGGAUACGUCGCAGUUCAGCCAUGGCUACUUCACCCUCCAAAACAAGGAACCUGACGGGAACUCCUAGCAGGUGGCAAACUGAAACUGGUAAUGAAGGAGCAGAACAUUCUGGAUUGCAUACAGAGAAUACUGGUAUGUCUUUGGGACCAAACACCCAGGAUUUGAAUGAAGAAAAUGCUUUGUGUGCCAAUGUUUCUUCAAGAGAAAGAAACAGAUCAGAAGUUUCUGAUGAGAAUGAGGGCUUAAUGGAGACACCAAGAAAAACCACCAGUCUAAAUGAAGCACCUUCGUCUACAAUGUUAACAAGAAGUAGGCAGGAAGAAAGUUUGGUGAGAAGACCAGAUAAAAGCAGUAACCAGAAUCUUCAAAACAGAACUCCAAACAGAAGUCUACGGUCGGCAGACUUUCAGAGGGUCAAAAUGUCAGCAAGUAAGAAAAUCAAUCAAUCUAGGACUGAAAGCCCAUCUCAGAUUGAAAGUCCAUCAAGAAAAAAUACAACACUGAAACAACAGUCAGGUAGAAGGAGUCUGAGGCCAACUGCAUCUCCAGCGAAAAACAUUACUGAGAGAUCACCAUUAGCCAUGCAACAACCAAGAAACAGUGCGAGCCUGAUACAUGAUACACCUAGUAAGGAGACAUUGAUAACUCCCGUGUUUGAGCGUACAGCACUGGGACCAAGACAUUCCAGUCCUGUAUCAAGAACUCAUCACAUCUCAAUGACUGGAGAUGAAAACUUACCAGAUGUUUCCAUGAUUGAGAGUCAGGGAAGAACAGAUUUUCAAGAUGACUUUGACAGAACAGAGUUAUUCCGACUUAAAACCCCUCACCUGGGCCCAGCCAGACCUCAUGUCCCCACCCCAUCUGACACCCCCGCCGACUCCCCCAUCUCACAAACUCUGAAGAAAAAACCUCCAGUCAAGUCACAAACUCUGAAGAAACCAAGAGUGAAGGUUCAGUCCAGUACUCUCCCAGCAUCUACCAUUAAACAGACUUUCAGUCAUUUUUGCAAGAUGAGGGUGGAUAAAGACACACUGCCUGAGCUUGUUAAAAUGUAUGGAAACCAUUUUGUUUUUUAA